AUGGCGGAAUGGGACAAUCAAAAACAAAAUCCUGAUCAUGGGUUACCCAGCAUCGGAUUGGAAAGCCGCACAAACUGGGAAGCACUUGCUGGGGGACAAGAUGUAUCCAAAGGAAUGGUCGGACAGGGACACCUGGUUGCCGUCAUGGACGUUCCGCAGCAUGGCGUGGAGUACAAGCCAUUCGACACACUCGAUCUCUAUCCGUUUGAACCAAUGCAAGAUCCCAACGACGAUCUUGUACGAGUGAUGCAGCUUGCUCAGCUGGGCCUCGGCGAGGCGAACGGCUCCCCCGUCCCUGUUUUUCAAGAGAUGCAGGCGUGUUUGGAUCGAGGUUUUCGGCGCAUGACUUCUUCUACUCAAGUUGCGCUAGCCGACAGGCGGAGAUUGUUUGCAAAGAGAAUGAGUAUCAUUCCAGCGAAAGACUGGCUGGAGAAUACACCCAAGGACGAGAAUGAACGAAGGGUCCGACUAAGAACCGCCGCAAGCGUCAGAGCUUUAGAGCUUGGAGCUUGGAUGGCUAGGAAAUAUGCAGUGAUUCUUCCGUAA